GGGGAUUUUGUUCAAACUCGCAUGUUAUGGUAGAAAGCUGUUAGCUUUGUUUCGACCGACUAUUUUACUUUUUUACUUCUAGCCAAGACUAAACACAAGCUGUAUUAUAAUGGAGCAGAAUAAGUAUGUUGUGUGUGAUGUCUGCAAGGAACAGUUUUCUGAUGUGGCUACAUUCCCGGAGCGCAAAAAGAACAGAGACACAUUUGUGUGUGGCUUGUGUACUGCAAGAUUUCAUGUGUGUGAAGACUUUAGCUUGCACAAAUCAAACCAUGCAGGCGCAGUUGUUGGCCAUGACUCUGAUCAUCCAUCGGUAAAUAUGGACCAAUCUAGCAGCACCAAUGCAGGUGCAUCAACUGUAAAUGAAUCACCUUUGCACAAUGUUGUGGAAAAGAGAGGUCGAGGCCGUCCACCCAAGAAACCUCCAGCUGCAGAAGGUGCCUGCACCCCAUCUGAUAUGCGCAACCCGUUGUCUGGAAAGGAGAAGCUAGAUGACAGCUGCCAAGACAACAGUGUUAAAGUGUCCAGUAGUGUGAGUCCUGUCUCUGAGAAUCCCACCAGUGAGCCCCCUACAAAGCGAAGACGGGGCAGACCCACAAAAGCAGAGGCAUUGGACAAACGGCAGGCACAGGUGGAGCAGGAUCGACCUGUAAAACCUCCACCAUUGUCUGAAGAUAAGGAGCUUCCAGCGGAGGUGCGACGCAUGGGCGACAAGCUGCAAUGCAUCGGGUGCAAGAAGUCGUUCGCUCGGCUGCGGCAGGUGCAUGGCCAUCGCUGCAUCAAGUGUGAUAGCGACUUCAUCGAAUACUUUCCAGAGCGGGCCAAUGCAAUUGCACAGUUGGAGGCAGAUGAUGAUGACAAGGAAGAUGAACCAGCUCCAACUGCUGAGUUGAAUGCUGAAGAUAAUAGUGAUGAACUGUCAGCAAAUGAGGAUGAUUACAGACCGCCCAGUCAUGUCAAAGGCCAGCCUCAGCGAGCCGUUGAAGAACUUCCUUCAGAUUGGCCUGGUGUUCUUCCUUAGAAGCGCCAGACACGAGAAUGUCAUCA